AUGAGUAGGUUUUUGUAUAUUUUGUCGUGUCUGUCCGUUAUUUUCAAUAGUUUUUGUAACUGUGGUGCAAUAAAAUCAAUCCAGGAUGAUGAUCUCAUGAACUUAAUCAGAAGUGAGACUUAUGUGGUUGCGCUGUUUUCUGCGAAAAAUUGCGAACUUUGUGAUAACUUCGAAAACAUUUUAACAAAUUUGGAGGAAGAGUUCUCUAAAUCAUUUGAAGGAGAGACUGUUAAAGUCGUUAACAGCCAGUUAACAAGACUGUAUAGCCCCACGAAGGAGCCGGUUUUGGUGUUUUUCAGACAUGGAAUUCCUCUACUUUAUAAUGAUAUUCCUUCAGAAGAGCUAAUUCUUCACACAUUUGUUAACAAUAAAGAACCGGUGGUGAAGGAAUUAAACGAUGAGACUUUUGAACACUUAACCCAGGCCGCCAGUGGGGCUACCACAGGCGACUGGUUUGUGAUGUUUUAUACCCCAGACUGUGUCGAUUGCCACCGCCUUCAAGCCCGGUGGGAGACAGUCGGGGCACAAUUAAAAACACGAAUGAACGUCGCACGAGUCAAUAAGGCGACAGAUGGGGCCGCUACCGCCACACGAUUUGGAGUCUCCCAAGCCCCAACUUUUAUUCUCUUCAGACAAGGCAAAAUGUAUAAAUAUCAAAUCCAAAAGUACGACGUUGCGUCUUUCACUUCUUUUGCCCAAGAAUGGUACAAAAACGUGACUCCCAUUAAAGUACCAUCGCCUAAAACGCCAUUUGAUAAUAUUGUCGAAAAUAUCGUACUUAAUUUGAAGGAAAGCGCAAUGGCGUGGAAAAUUGGUUUAGCGGCGACUGUUGUUGGUUUCUUGUUGAUAAUUUUAAUGAAAUGUCGUAAGACUGAAAAGCCGCAAAAACCGACAAGCAAGAAAGACAAAUAAAUUUUUAACACUUUUUUAUUAAAAUAAAUUGGUGGCUGACUUCAUAA